CUUGCUUUCUAAAGAUGGGGAGGAAACUGGAUCUCUCCAAACUGACCGAUGAAGAAGCCAAACAUGUUUGGGAAGUGAUUCACCGGGACUUUGAUCUUCGCAAGAAAGAGGAGGAACGUUUAGAAGAACUAAAAGGCAAGAUUGAAAAAGAAAGCACCAAGCGGGAACUAUUGUCCAGCCAGUCCCACCUCAAUGAAUCGCACUGCAUCCAUUGUCUGCAGCCCUUCAGGUUCCUGGUGAACAGCAAGUGCCGCUGCUUGGACUGCCAAUUCUACACCUGCAAAAACUGCAGCCUUUACAAUAAGAAGGAACAAGGCUGGGUGUGUGACCCAUGCCACUUAUCCAGAAUUGUGAAGACUGGCUCUCUGAAUUGGUACUAUGAACACGUGAGAUCCCGGUUCAGACGAUUUGGAAGUGCUAAGGUGAUGCGAUCUCUCUAUGGGAGGAUGGCGCAGGGACAGAAAUCGAAUCCUGCCUUGCUUGGUUCUGGCAGGGGGAUUGGUCUUCAGGACAGAGUAUACAGCUUGCCGGACAUCCACUGUGAUUACCAGCUCCGUGGUAAUGAUAGGGGCGAUGACCGUGAGGAGGAGGAGGAAGAUGAUGUGCUUGAUGAUGCGAAGGCUGAGAGCUAUGCAAGGAUGCGCAAGACGAAGCGCCUGCUGUCUGUCCAUCCCUUUGACUUCGAAAUGGACUCUGAAUAUUCUGCUCAGUCGCGGCGUCAGUCUGUGCAGCUCUCGCCAGGACCCUACAGCGAAGGCCUUCAGACCUUUGCAGAAUUCCCAGGUGAUGAAGAAGGCUCUUCCCGGAAAGAAUCAAUGGUAGCAGAAGCAGACCUGGCCGCAGUGUUCCACCGUAUUCUGGAGGAACAGGGACGCCACACGGCCCCUCCCAAGCAGGAGUUCAGCACAGAGGUUCAAGCAGCAGUGAAUACACGUACUAGAAGCCUGGAAAGAACCCCAAAGCCUGGUACCCCGUGGAAUGGACUGAACCAGUCCCAGUACUCAGCUGACAUGGACACUUCUGAUGAAGAUGUGAAGGGAGCCCCCAAAUUCCUGGCCCAUCAGCUGCACCACACCAGACGCAGGAGCCGAGCUUCAUCCCAGGAGAACAUAUAUCCCUCUGGAAAUCAGAUUCUGGAGCUCAGCAAACGCAUGUCAGCUAUUGAACGCAUGCUGAACCGUCUUGAGGGAAAGAUCCUGGUUCACCCAGAAGAGGCUUCUGCUCCUGAAGCCCAAACUGAUCCCAGAGUAGAAGAGCAGGAAUUGAAAAGGAAACUGGAAGAAUUGGCAAGUAACAUCAGUGACAAAGGUGAUUCCUCUGAAGAAGAAGAGGGAAAGAAAAAGGAGGAGCCCAGACCAGAAAUGAGUUCAUCCAGUGAUGAUCUGCUUACUGGCUCAAAGAAGAUGAACGUAACGACUGGGAAAGCCUGUGGGCCGGAGAAGAAGUGUCCAGAUGACCACGUGCGGCACAGUGCCACCACUGACUCUGAGCUGUCCGAGCUGGAAGACAGAGUGGCUUCGGCACUGGCUGGGGUGCAGUACACAGAGAGUGAGGUUUCUGAUAUAGAAUCCCGCAUAGCAGCUCUGAGUGCUGCUGGACUGACUGUAAAACCAGUGGAAAAGUCCAAAAAGAAAUCAAGUACCCAGGUUUUUACUCUUCGACUCCCCAGAGGUGCACAGAACUCUAUGGAGGAUCAUAGUUCUGACUCUGCAGCAUCACCCGACAAUUACAAAGUGAUGUCUAUGCCACAUGUUUUGAGGAAAAAAUUCGCCACUUCCUUUGAAAUUGCAGGCAACGCUGAUUCCUUUGCUCGGAACUCCUAUUACAGAGGAUCUUUGACCCAGCGCAACCCCAAAGAAAAAAACAGGAAAGCCGAUCGCAUCUUUGCGAAGCCCGUGAUGACCCAUCGAUCUUGA